GAUCGCCCCGGCGCUGCUGAGACAGGCGUCGUACGGCACCAUCAAGAUCGGCAUCUACCAGAGCCUGAAACGACUGUUUGUGGAUCGCAUGGAAGAUGAAACGUUGCUAAUCAAUGUAAUCUGCGGGGUGGUUUCGGGAGUGAUCUCCUCUGCGCUUGCCAAUCCGACAGACGUGCUGAAGAUUCGAAUGCAGGCUCAAGGUAGUUUAUUCCAGGGUGGCAUGAUUGGCAGCUUCAUCGACAUCUACCAGCAGGAGGGUACCCGAGGCCUCUGGAGGGGUGUUGUCCCAACAGCUCAGAGAGCUGCCAUCGUGGUGGGGGUGGAACUGCCAGUCUACGACAUCACCAAGAAGCACUUAAUUCUGUCUGGCCUGAUGGGUGACACCAUCUUUGCCCACUUUGUUUCCAGUUUUACAUGUGGGCUGGCUGGUGCCAUCGCCUCCAACCCUGUGGACGUGGUGCGGACACGGAUGAUGAACCAGCGGGCGAUUGUGGGCAGCACGGAGCUCUACAAGGGCACUCUGGAUGGGCUGGUGAAGACGUGGAAGAGUGAGGGCUUCUUUGCACUCUAUAAAGGUUUCUGGCCCAACUGGCUUCGGCUUGGUCCCUGGAACAUCAUUGUAUCCUUCACCGCGCUGCUGGGAGGUCACGG